AUGGACGCCCUCCUCCUCCAUCUCGCGAGCAACCCGGAGCUCGCCACGCCCCUCCUCCAGAUCGUCCAGCAGCACCAGGAGGCUCUCACCGCCGCCGCCGCCUCCCCCGAGUCGCAGCAGCAGCUCCAGUCUUCGGUCCAGCUCCUCCUCCAGCAGACGCAGCAGCCGCAACCAGAAGGCCAUCUUCAGGCGCUGCAGACGCAGGCCUCCGCGCCCGGCCAAGAAGACGCUCCGGGCGAGCAGGACCCUUCCUCCUCCAACCCAGCGUCUCAAGAUGCCGCCCAGCUUCAGCAGCAGCAGCAGCAGCAGCAGGGUCUCGCAGCCUCGGCCGUCUCCUCCCAGCAGCAGAUCCCCCUGCCCCCCGAGUCGGGCGAGUACCCCACCAUCAACGCCCUCAUGGCCGCCCUCAACGCCUUCUACGUGACGCGCGGCGCCGCCGUCGUCAAGAAGUCGGCCUCCAACUACCGCAUCGUCAACGGCGUCCGCAUGCCCACCUACUACUCGGUCAACUGUGACCGCGGCCCCCGCCGCGCCUCCUCUAGUAAGGGCCUUCGCCGCGCUUCCACCCUCAAGCUCGACUGCCCGUUCCGCAUCGUUGCCGCCGCCACAAAGGCGAGCGACUUUCGCUGGAGCUACCGCGUCGUCGAGCCAAACCACAACCACGGCCCCAGCAGCGGACCUGAGGCCCAUGCCGCCCACAGGAAGAGGACCCCCGCGCAGAGGGAGCUCAUGGCCAAGCUCGCCUCGUACGGCACCAUCAAGGCCAGGGACGCCGCCGACAUCGUCAAGGCCGCCGGCGGCCCUUCCUUCUUCAGGCAGAGGGACGUGUACAACGACCGCCAGAAGGCGAGGAAGGCGGCCGGCCUGCCGCCCCGCGAGAAGGGCGCCAAGGCCAAAGCCAAGGCCAACAACGACAGCAUCCAGUCCACUUGA